AUGACGUUUGUAUCUACAUCCCCAUCCAAACUAUCGGCGUCGUACUUGUCAUCUAAAAAACUACCACCGCCACCUCCCCCCCCCGAUCCACCAGCACAUGGUCACCAUCACAAAGAGACUUCAGGCAUUCUUAAAACGCAUUCUUCGAUAGCAUCAAUACCCAUGUCAGACUCCAUCAAUAACUCUGGGAACCACCAACGACAUAGUCGCGCUGAUGAAAAGUAUGGUGGUAGUAGUAGUCCUGAAAGCAAUGACAGCACCAAAAAUAACAAUUAUAGCAUACAGGACUACAAAAUCCAAACUUCCACCUCGCCUUCUGUGCCACUAUCGUAUCCGCAACUGAAAUCAACACUAAUGCAACCUUCAGGAUCGACAAAUUCAAUACUAAGCCAAGAAGAUGUUGAAUACUACUACACAAAGAUUAUCAACUACGAAUUCAGAAGUCUACAGUUGGAUACUGAACUACAAACGAAGUCACUAUUUGAUCUCAUAGAUUAUUGCGAAUCCUUAUAUGAGAGUGCUAAUGAGUCAACAAAUCAUCUUCAAGCCAUCAAAAGUUAUACAAAGGGAUUUUUGAUAUUCAAUUAUUUCAUAAAUAGCUUUGUCAUGUUUCACUUUGAUGGAUUUGAUGCAUUUAUUGAACUGAAUGAGCAAGAUUUUAUAAUAUACUUGAACAUUUUUGCAUUUUACAAUACUGAUCAGGUUUUCCAAAACGGUAAUUAUACCGUGACUUCAAUUGACUUGAGGCUGUUUAUUAAGCUGUACCUUACCAAAAAGAACUUGUUGAGUUUCAAUCUUGAGGAAUUAUAUGACUGGUUAUUUCAGUAUAUCAACUAUCUUCGAGAGAAGGAUCAAGUAGGAGAUGAAUAUAAUGCUAAUGAUGGAGUGGAAGCGAACGAAAGGGUUAUGGACAGUACAGGGAACAGCAGCACGAUCAGUAGAUAUGGAGAUCAGCUAGAUGGCACCUCGGAUGUUGAUGAUGCCUCAAGUGAUGGACCUGAUGCAUUCGAUGAAGAGUUAUCAUUUGCCAAAAACGAUUAUCCUCCUGCACAAGGAUCUGGACAACAUUCUCGCCAAUCAUCAUUGGGCUCGGUUGAUGGAUUCAAAGUGCGCUAUCCUUCUGUGCGUUUACCAAAACAAAAUGGCCUGUAUAAUCCACCAGCGAAUAAAUUGGUAAGUGAGAAAGCAAUGAAGAAACCUCCUCCACCAAUUCCAACUACAUUACCCCCAGCUUUGCUUAAUCAACAAUUGGUAUCGACUUCUGUAAAUACAAAGAAAGAAUACCACACAAUGAUUGGACAUCAGGAUCGAAACGGCAAGCCAAAAGAGUCGACUAGCAUCAACAGCCACCAUUAUGACGAUUACCAGAACCCAUACCCCAAAGAAGACAUUGUAUCAAAGAUGACUGCAGAAGACACGAUUCGAACUAACGCAUCUCGUAUUAAUCAACUGGAAGGUAUACAAGCGUAUUCUCGCUCAUCACAGAGACCACCAAUCCCCAUCUCUCAAUCAGCUAAUGUGCAUGCAGGCAGCAAUAACUUUGAUCCAUCAGUAUCAAAUCAAAAAUACGGCCAAUCAAUUGGCGCCGUUUUUAAUGGUCGUCAACACCUGUAUCCACAAACUGGCCCAUCUUUUUAUCAACAAUCAACCCCAGUGCCGACAUUCCCGCCACCCCAACCACGGCCACAGCUGCAGCUGCAGUCGCAGCAACCGCCUAUUGUGUAUUCGACUUAUGGCCCACUCCACAGCAAUGGAAACAUGAUGCAAUAUCAGCAAUCUUUCAAUCUGUACCAACAACCUCAGCAAUACUAUCAAUCCAACUAUCCUGCACAUUUCUCGCACCCUUCUACCCAUGGACAUCCAAUGAUACCAGCUCACGUGUUGGAACAACAAGAGCAGAUCAAAUCAAGAAAGAUGAGCAUACUCAAAGAUUAUGCCAUUUGUGGAUUGAGAAACUUUGGUUCAUCAUGUUAUAUCAAUUCAACAAUACAAAUGCUUUUUGGGAUCUAUUCAUUCAAAGUUGUGUUCAAUCGUGGAUACCAGAAAUAUGUCAAGGACCCAAGUUUUUUGAAAGUUAUGCAACACCCUGAUUCACACAAGAAAGAUUCUGUUUUAUUGAGUGAAGCUAUUGCUGGGUUGUUGCGUACUUUUGAUCAAAAUGGUGGGGUUUCCGUAUCACCCACGAAGUUCAUUCGUGUUACUUCGUUGUUGAAACCAGAUUUUAAUAUACCACACGAGCAACAGGACUCUCAAGAGUUUCUCUUAUUUUUAUUGGAAAGAUUACAUGCGGAAUUGUGUGACAGGAGUAUGGAGAAUUUUGACCCUGAACUCUUGUGUGCUAGAUGGAAUAUCAACGUCUCCAUCGAAAACCAAUCAUCGUACUUCAAAUGGUGGAGGUCGUUGCAUGAACAUGAAGGAUCGAGUCCAAUACUGGAUUUGUUUCAAGGGCAUUUACAGAACAAACUUCGAUGCAACAAGUGCGGUUAUGAAUCAAUCACUUAUUCAACUUUUUCAAUACUUUCAUUGCCUAUACCAAAUACCAAGCGAGCCAAUGAAAUUGUCGAGUUGACUUCGUGUCUUAGCUACUACAUCCAAGAUGAGACCUUAUCUGGCGAGAAUGCAUGGAGGUGUCCUAAAUGUCAUGGAGAAGUACCUACUGUAGAAAAUCAUCCAGUUUUUGUCCAAAAGAAGGGGUUAUUCAAAUUGGGUAAAUCCAAAAAAUCGUCGUCCGGUGCUUCAUCCAAUGGCAACAGAUCAUCCUCAUCUGAUACCAUAUCCACUAAAUCGCUCAGUUUUGUUAAAUUACCCCCUGUGUUAUUUAUCCAUUUGUCUAGAUUUUCCAUGUACAAUUUAACUGAUAAAUUGAAUACACCAAUUCGCUAUCCAAUUGAACUUCGAUUCAAUAAUCAAGGUCAUGAAAUUGUAUACAAAAUAUCAGGAGUUAUUAACCAUUUCGGCAAUUUAAAAAGUGGCCAUUAUACUGCAUUGAUUAACAAAUCCACCAUGAAUGAACUGAAACAUGAUAUGGAAAAUUUGAAACAUCCAUGUUGGUGUAAUUUCGACGAUGAAAAUGUUCGACCAAAUGUAAAUAACGGUACUUUGAGGUUUGGUGUUGAUGGGCAAAGUCAUGAUGUGAGAGAGAUGAUUUCGACCGAUGUGUAUGUAUUGUGUUAUGAACGGGUCGAUGUUUGA